CCCAGACGUUGGCGCCGCUGGGUUCGAAGUUGGAACGAUGUGUGCCCACGAAAUACCGGCGGUGGGGGGAUGCCGGUCGGUUCUCACUCGAAACAGGACCAGGUUGAUUGGCGGAAGUCCAGAAGGAAGGGGUUAGACUCUCAUAUAUGUUCGACCACGCGCCUUCCACAACCACUUGGCGCCCGUGACACGCGGUCCAAGGAUAUAAAAAGCGGAAGGUCGAGCGCGAAUUAAAGAAAAUAACGAGCAAGGGUGGAGAUCAGGAGGCCCGUGGGUGCAUAUAUCGCGGUGGUGAACAGUGUCCAUUUUCGAAUUCACGACAGCAAUCAUGAGGAUAGUGUCCGUCUGUCUGGUGGUAGGACUCGCCCUGUACGUCCAGGGUGAAUCGUUCGAGAGGAAACAGGAGGACGGGAGUGUCCUGGAGUGUGUGCUCGAGGACAACGCGAUGGGAUGCUUGAGAACGAGGCUCGCCAGAGACAUCGAUCGGAUCGAGAUGCAGGUGACCGGGGAGAAGAGCGAGACGCCGAUGAGCGCGGUCAUCGAGCAGGCUGGCAACUUUGUGGCCGAGAUUGUUGACGACAUGCAGAACCCAGCAAGGGCCGACGAUCUCGAGGAACAGAGCGGCGAAGAGGAAGGACGUAGGAACAAGGGCAAGAAAAAGAAGAAGCAGCUGCAGAAGCUGUUGGGUCUGGCGAUGCUGUUCAAGGCCAAGCUCAGUCUGCUGCUCCAGCUGAUCUCCACCCACUUCCAGCUCAAGUUCUUCGCGAUCGCAAUCCUCGGCUUGGUCAUCAACGCAGCCAGGUUCUGGAUAGACCUGAAGAAGUCCCAUCCAUCCAAAGUCAUCUACUACGAGCACGCUCAGCACCAGCACCACUACGAUCACGACGACCAUGAGCAAAACUACUGGGGUCGAUCAUCAGGAAACGAAUCUCCACAGAAUUUAGCUUAUUCCAGCUACGCGCCCAAAGAUUAGGGCAAUCGAAGGAAAGAGCCUAAAGAAAAGAGUUCGAUCGACGAAAGAAAAUAAUAACAGCGAAAAUGGAGCUAUCCCCAACUGUCGCUGCGAUCAUUCUCUCCGUGCUCAGGUUUCUAGUUAAUUGUUGAGAAUUACUGAAGCGACAAUUCUCGAUUAUUUCGUCACGAAUCGAACACGAGUAUACGUAUACGCGACCGCGUGUAACUUUUUAUAUUUAUGUUGUACUAUUUAUUUGUUUGUUUGUUUGUUAUUUAUGUUACCAGCCAGCGCGUUAAUAUCAGCGGAAACAUCGUAUCACCACGAUUGAGAUUCUUUGCCUCGUACCAAAGUCCACCUUGAGUACCUGCUGUCGUACGUUUUCUCGCGCUCCU